ACCGAGGGUGUGUCUCUACGCUUGCUUGUCUGUUUAUCUUUAUUUUACGGCGCUGUCAAGAGAUGGCUUGCUCUACCUCUAGUGUUACGUGGCAGGAGCUCCUGGACGGAGUGAGAGAGUCCUUCUCUACGGAGCAGGUUGAUGUGGACCGCCUCAGAACAUUGAUGAAUUCGUAUCAGUCUCAGAGAUCAGAUUGGGAGCAGUAUGCCCUCUUUGACCCACACACGUACACCCGUAACCUGGUUGACGCGGGCAACGGACGCUAUAACCUGAUAAUCCUGUGCUGGGACAGUGGCCAGGGAUCAUCCAUCCAUGACCAUGCAGACUCUCACUGUUUUCUCAAGGUACUGUCAGGUGAGGUCAAAGAGACAAUGUACGCCUGGCCAGGGAGUGGUGUAAGCCCCUCCCACUCCAGCACGCCCACGAUGGAAGUCACAGGGUCCGAGUCCGUCCUCAUCGACGAUGUGGCUUACAUCAACAACGAGAUUGGUCUCCAUCGCGUAGAGAACCCGAGUCACACAGACCAAGCAGUCACACUCCACCUCUACUGUCCACCCAUCACCACCUGUCAAUCCUUCGAGGCUCGGACUGGGCGGAGUCACUCGUGUCAUGUGACCUUUUAUUCCAAAGAGGGCCAGAAAGUGUGCAGCUCAGUCAAGUAGCUAUUUGUUAUUUUCGCUGCUCAAACAAUGUUUUUGUUGCUCAAGUCACAGUCCAUUCUCAGUCUGUAAUUAUUACUUAUGUAUGAUAAUUAUUAUUUGUAUACUGGUACAUGUACACCAUUCCACAAGGAACUUAAUGUCGAAAAAUAUUUGAUUUUAACUUUCAUAA